ACUUCAACAGCGAUGGAUAUACCGUAACAUUAAUGACAUUUCUGUUUGCAUCGCCAGUUGUUAUUGUUGUUGUGGGAGUAGUGAAGUGACUAAACAUAAGGAGGAGCUCGUGGACUCUCUGGGAACUUUGGAAACCCAAUGGAAUGAAUUUUGGAAGCCAAUGUAUACACACUCACUGUCCACUUUAUUAGGAACACCUGUACACCUGCUCAUUUAUGCAGUUAUCUAAGCAGCCAAUCAUGUGUGCAAAAAAUCAUGGAUAAACAGGUCAAGAGCUUCAGUUAAGCAUCAUAAUGACGAAAAAGUCUGAUCUCUGUGACUUUAAUCAUGGCCUGGAUAUUGGUGCUAGAUGGGCUGAUUUGAGUAUGUCAGAAAAUGAAACCGAUCUCCUUGGUUUUUAAACACAACAGUCUGUAAAGUUUAUACAGAAUGGUUCGAAAAACAAAAAAACGUCUGGUGAGUGGAGUGUCUGCAGGCUGAAACACUCUGGGUGCAUCCCAAUCAGCUCUGUAGGUCAGUAGUCAGGGCACUGAUCACAGAUCAGGGAGUUGGCCAUUUUAAGGGCUGUCUCAUUCGCAGAAUCCUUCCAGUGCAUUGGUACCUUCACUGCUCCCUAAAAAAUCCCACAAUGCACUGCAAAACCCAGGAGGCAUCGAUGCUCACUAUUAUUCCCUUACUGGAAGUGACGUCAUGUUUUCUGAAACCUUUCAGCUCGAAACAAAAUGGCAGACGAACUCUCGGCUAACCUCGUCUACGAAUGUAAGCAGUGUGUUAACGUUGUUGUAGCUCUCAAAUGAUUACUUUUUACUUUUUUUAACUUUUUUUUUACUUUAUUUGACGUUCUAUAGCCUAUGGCUACAGUUUGUUUGAGUCUUUAACGACUUUAAUGAUUUGUUAAAAAUCCAGUAGCUAGCCUACGAUCCUGCUUGAAGUACUAAGAAACAGAAAUGCGCAUGAUCAAGCUAACAAAUGUAGAUCACAUAUAACGUCAGAAAGAUAUCGGUCCUGUCUGUUGUUAAUAAAUGUCAGUGGUGACGUUUUACAAUGCGACUCGUGUUGCUGGAAAUUGAGUCUUCAGUUUCCGAAUAUGUAGUGAGCCAGGGUCCUUACCAGUGCCUGACCUGGUAUACAUGAUAUACUUGGGAGCUGAUUGAGACGCACCCCUUGUUGAUGAGAGAGACAAGAGAGAGAUGACAGAAUGACCAGACUGGUUUAAGCUGACAGGAAGUCUAGAGGAACUCCAAUAUUUGAUUGAAUUGGAUAAGUUUAGUGCUAUAAUAGGUUGCCUAUUUAGUUGUGGUGUUACUGUUUUUCUAUUUUUUUCUCUUUUUUUUUAAUGUUUCGGUGUCUUUAAAAGCCCCUGAGAAACUUCAACACUGUCAAUAAGGCACUAGUCUCACAUGACUCGAACUCCCAGGGUGCUGCGCGGUAAACUUCUGACAGCACCGACGGGUUGUUUUCCUCUAAAUCAGCCUUUUCAUGUUUCAGGUCACUGUGGAAUCUACCUCGGUAUAUCGCGAUAAUAGUGUGAUUCAUUCCUUCACAGCGGUCAAAGUCCCAGCACGGGUUUCAUGUCAACAGCUUACACAGCCGCAGAACUUCUGUGUUAUUGAGUGUGUGUGUGUGUGUGUGAGAGAGAGAGAGAGAGAGAGAGAGAGAGAGAGAACGACAAAGACAACGACAACAGGUAAGCGGAGGAGACUCGAGGAGGUUCAGAUGUCUCCCUGUUGGAAAUAUCGUGCACUACACCGCGCGAGCUCUACUUUUUCACGGAAGUGUAGAAGCAUUUGAGCUCCAUAUAUCCGCCUUCCAUCUGUAGUGCUGGUUUUGUUUUUUGUUUUGGUUGUGACGCGAGUCUGUUGGACUUUGUAACAUUUUGAAAGCGUAAGUUUUGCGGAAGUUCUCGGCAGCUGCAGUGGUGUUGGGAGAUGAUGUGAAAGCUACACGUCAGGACUCGGCUUACCCGAGAAGGUCUUCACCUGGUCACACGGUCAGAGUCACCUUCCCCAACCAUACACUCUCAUGGAUCAUCACCAUGUAUUCAACACCCUGGAAACAGUGUGUGAGGAAGCCAUCUCUGCCAUCUCUAUGCAUUCAAGUUUGCUACAGAAUGAUGCCACCAGUCAGUUGCUGGCAACAAUGAGACGCAUUCAUGAACAUGGGCAAGCUCUCAAGGCCCUGGUCAGUGGCUUUGCCACAGUUUAUCACCAUUUUGAUUUUGACACAGACACCCCUGCAAAUGGCUACCGCACCUUAAUCAAGGUGGUCCUGUCCUGUGUACUCCACAUAAUCCAGAAGGGCCGCUACAUUUCCUCCAACUGCGGGGGGAUGUUUUUCCGUGUGGAGCACAAUACUGGUGAGAUGGAGGCGUACUGCAUGGCACUUUGUCAGCUGCGUGCUCUUCUCUACCUGGCACAGCAUUUACUCAACAACAACGAACAUGGGCAGCUCCACUCGCUGGAAGAUGAAGGUCUGAGCAGGAGGUUCGUCAGAGAGUACACAUCUAUGCACAAGGCCUGUUUCUAUGGGCGUUGCCUGGGCUUUCAGUUCUCUCCUUCUCUCAGGCCUUUCCUACAGACAGUGGUCAUCAGUAUGGUGUCAUUUGGAGAGAACUACAAGAAACAACAGACUAGUUUAGGAAGGGCAGCACUUUCUGUCAUUACUUCUGGGAAGUACGUGGUGGAUCCUGAGCUGAGGGGGGCGGAGUUUGAACGCAUCACUCAGAACCUGGAUAUGCAUUUCUGGAAAACCUUUUGGAACAUCACUGAGACAGAGCUGAUAUCAAGUUUAGCGAGCAUCAGGUCACAUGCUGUGCAGGUGAAUUGUACUCUAACAAUUCCAGGUGAGCCACUGAGUUUACCUCUAGCCUCAGACACAAGUCUCUUAGUCACAGUGACGCCUCCCAUUGCCCACUGGGGGCCGGGACCCGUUCAAGUACGCCUCAUCUCUCACAUACUCCGCCAGGGACAGGAUAGUGCUGAGUUGCUCUCGUUCACUCAGUCUGAGGGAUCUCAACUCUCUCUUCCUGUAGGCCUCAGGCCUCAAAGUGGCCCCCUCUCUCCAUGGCUCCUCAUCCACUUUCAUGGGGGUGGAUUUGUGGCUCAGACCUCUAAAUCUCAUGAAAGUUACCUAAAGAGCUGGUCAAAGGAUUUGAAUGUGCCCAUUCUAUCUGUGGAUUACUCACUGGCUCCUGAAGCCCCCUUUCCUCGGGCUCUGGAAGAAUGUUUCUAUGCUUACUGCUGGGCUCUAAAGAACUGUCAAUUACUGGGCUCGACAGCAGAACGUGUGUGUCUAGCAGGAGACAGUGCUGGUGGGAACCUAUGCAUCACUGUCUCUCUGAAGGCCAUGUCUCAUGGGGUAAGAAUCCCUGAUGGCAUCAUGGCUGCCUACCCAGCGACACUCCUGACAACUGAUGCCUCACCAUCACGGUUUCUCACGCUCAUUGACCCAGUGCUACCUCUUAGUGUGCUUUACAAGUGUAUCAAUGCAUACACUGGUAUGGAUAGUGUGUCUGUGCAGCCCAGGCAGCAGCUGGACAGUCUGAGCACUCUGGGACGGGACACUGCGCUUUUUCUUGAGAACAUCACACAAGGAGCUUCCAGCUGGCUGCAGUCGCUGCUUGACCGCACGUCUACCUCACCUGCGAGAUUAUCUGAUGGUUCUCAAAAUGCCGUGCCUCAUUCUGCUGACAUGCUGCACGGCCUGAUGGAAUUCCCAGAAGGCUUUGAACCUCUGCGCUCUGGGUGUCUGGCAGAGAUUCAUAUCCCCUGCACUCCUAUCAUGAAGAACCCAUUUGUAUCUCCUCUACUUGCACCUGACAGUCUCCUCAGAGGACUACCACCUGUACAUCUAGUGGCUUCAGCGUUGGAUGCUCUGUUGGAUGAUUCUGUGAUGUUUGCCAAAAAGCUGAAGAGCAUUGACCAACCGGUGACCUUGACUGUAGUGGAGGACAUCCCACAUGGCUUCCUCAGCCUAUCACAACUCUGCAAAGAGACUAAGGCUGCAUCAGACAUUUGUGUAGCACGAAUCAGAGAAGUCUUUGAGCAAGACAUACCACAAUAAAACUCUCUUAUCAAAUAAACCUAAUGAUCAUAGUACUAAUAAGCUGACAAAUCAGCGUUUUGAGAAGGAAAGAGGUUGAUGAGAAAAAAUGUAAAGAACUGUUGGGGGGGGGGGGGUAAUUUUAAACAUACCUCAAAAUGGCACACCUUCAUGUUGUAACUUGAAGUACCGUGGUUAUUAGCCUUAGCACUGUGAAAGUACUGCAAAAGAGAGACUGUGUUUUACUGUGCGAAUCUCAGAACAAGCUAACGUGUUUUACGUCUAUUUAUUUCUUAAUGUUCUACAAAUUCACAUGUGCCUCUUUGGUCAUUUCAAACAUUUUUGAACUUUGUGUUUUGCCAUCCCUGCUACCCAGAAAGCAUGGCCAAUUUUACUCCCUUGACACCCAGUCACGCAUGGCUGUGGUGGAUGCUUUUCUGUAAUUGAAUGUCAUUCACACCCUGAAAUACUUAAAUGAAAGAUGCCACCCCUCUCGUAUGGCCUUGCGAGCUAUAGUAUUUGUAAACAGUUCAUCCUGAGUGUAAAAAAAAAAUAAUAAUGUUACGUGGGCCUCAUGUAUCAAGCUGGAUAUGAACAGAUUUAUUUGUAAAUCUUUCAUACAAGCAUUUACACAAGAAAUUUGGUAUUCAUGAAAAUCCUUUAAAUUCAGAAAAAUGUUCCUACUCGUGUUCCUGAGUGUGUGUAAAUUUACACAUACCGUGCUGUGAAAAAGUAUUUCUUGAUUUCUUCUGUUUUUGUGUAUAUCUCAUACUAAUUUUUUCAGUAAUUAAAAUCUAAGAUAAAAUGGGGGAAUGGUGGCUUGGUGGCUUAGUGGUUAGCGCAUACGCCUCACACCUCCAGGGUUGAGGGCUCAAUUCUCACUGCACCCCUCUGUGUACUGGAACUUGCAUGCUCUACCCAUGCCUUGGGAGUCUCCUCCGGGCAUUCUGGCUUCCUCCCCCAGUCCAAAGAAAUGCAUUGUAGGCUGAUGGGAAUGUCCAAAAGUGUCCGUAGUGCAUGAAUGGGUGUGUGAAUGGGUGUGUGAAUGGGUGUGUGAAUGGGUGUGUGAAUGGGUGCGUGAAUGGGUGCGUGAAUGGGUGCGUGAAUGUGUGCGUGAUUGUGCCCUGCAAUGGAAAAGCGCUACAGAAAAUGGAUGGAUCUAAAAUAAAACAAAGGCAACCUGAGUAAACACAAAAUACAGUUUUUAAAUGAUAUUAUUUAUUGAAUCAAAAAAAGUUAUCCAAUACCAACUGGGCCUGUGUGAAAAUGUAUUUGCCCCCAUAGUUACUAAUUUCCGAAAUCUAUGAAACUGCAUUCAUAAUGGGGUUCAGCUGGACUAGACACAACCAGGCCUGAUUACUGCAAACCCUGUUCAAUCAAAUCAACACUUAAAUAAAACUUUUUCAACAGCAUGAAGUUGGUUAAAAGGUCUUAACCAGUAACACUGGCCAUAGUUGAAAUGCCAAAGUUGAAAGAAAUUCCAGAAAUGAUGAGGAAGAAGGUGACUGAAAUAUAUCAGUCUGGGAAGGGUUGCAAAGCUAUUUCAAGGCCUGUGGGACUCCAAAGGACAACAGUGAGAACCAUUAUCUCCAAAUGGAAAAACUUGGCACAGUAGUGAACCUUCUCAGAAGUGGACGACCUUCCAAAAUUCCUCCAUGAGCAACUACUCGUCCAGGAAGUCACAAAAGAGCCAAGGACAACAUCAAAGGACCUACAAGUCUCUCUUGCAUCAAUAAAGGUCACUGUUCAUGACUCAACUAUCAGAAAGACACUGGGCAAAAAUGGCAUCCAUGGAAGAGUGGCAAUGUGAAAACCACUGCAAACCCAGAAAAACAUUAAGACUCAUCUGAAUUUACUGAAACACACCUUGAUGAUCCUCAAAUUCGUUACAUCUGGCAUAAAUCAAACAGAAUUCCACAAAAAGAAUAUCAUACCUAAGGUCAAGCAUAGUGGUGGAAGUGUGAUGGUGUGGGGAUGCUUUGCUUCUUCAGGGCCUGGGCACCUUGCAGUAAUUGAGGGAAACAUUAAUUCUGCUCUCUACCAAAAAGUCCUAAAAGAGAAUGUCCGGUCUUCAAUCCGUAAAUUGAAACUCAAGUGCAACUGGAUUAUACAGCAAGACAAUGAUCCAAAGCAUAGGAGUAAGUCCUAGUCCUAGAAGUAACUGACAGACUAAUCUCCAGUUAUCAGAAGCGUUUGGUUGCAGUUAUUGCUGCUAAAGGUGGCACAACCGGAUUUGAAGUUUAAGGGGGCAAUUAGUUUUUCACAUUGGUGGUAGGUGUUGGAUAACUUUUUUUUUUCCUUCAAUAAAAAAUAAAAACUGUAUUGUGUUUACUCAGGUUAACUUUGUUUUAUGUUGUAUUUUUUUUACCUAAACAUUUACACACAAUUUUACUAAAUGAUAAAUGAGGCCCAAUGUUUUGUUUGUUUUUUUGUUUGGUUUUUAAUAGCAUUUUGCUAAUGUUCCCUGUUCAUAAAGUUAAUAUAGACUAAGUGGUGAUAAAAGAUGAAUUUAACUCCAUGUCUUUCAAGGCUAAACUGAUUUAAGACAUUGAAGUGUAAUGUGCAGUAUGUAAAUCUGAUAUUAACACUUUAACCUGGAGUGUAUCAGCUAAAAAAUGGACAAGGAUUUGUAGAGUUAAUCUCUUUACAUGGAUUUUCACAAAUGAACAGAUGUCUGAAUUAGAUAUAACUGACCAAAUUUGAAUGCAUGCACUUGAUGUUUUUAAUUGUUUUACAUGUGCAAAAAAUACAUCUGCAUACCCAAAGAGAUUAGGGUGCACCUGCUUUGGUAUGGCAGUAAUAAUGAAUUUGCUGUAUUGAACUACCUCUUAACAGGAUUAUAACAGCCACUUAUUUCUAAUCAGUUGGCAAUAAAUCUCUGGUAAUAUAAAGAGUGUUUAUAUUUCUUCACAUUUUUAAGGAUUGAGGACAACUUCAGUGUGUUUCAUGGUUUCAGGAAUGUUUCUUCCUAUCUCUCAUCUAAUAAAUAUCUUUUCAGACAUG